CCUGCAAACGUAAACAUGUUGACCAACAACGAGCUAAUGGAGCAGUUCUACUUCCCCGACGAAGCCCCAGCGAUUCCCGAGUUCCUGAGCAACGACACCUUCCAGCAGUUGGAGCAGCUCAUGUACCAGCAGGAGUUCAGCACCAGCGACAGCCAGUCGGAUGGCGCCAACAGUUGCUCCUUGGAGAUGUAUUACGAUACGCCGUCUGUCCUGGAAUUGGAGCACAUGCUGAAUGCCCAGGAGCAGCAGCAGCACCACCUUCAAGCGAAUCCCUUGGGCAAGAAUCAGGGCAGAAGUCCAAGGUACUGGAACAAGCAGCAGAGGAGCAAGCCAUACGACAAGCUGUCCACUUCCAUGUCAUCAUCUACAUCCUCCGCCUCUUCGAGCAGUUCAUCGUCCGCGGGAUUCGGUGGCGAAGUCCUCAAAAAACGGCGACUGGCCGCCAAUGCUCGGGAACGGAGGCGGAUGAACAGCCUGAACGAUGCCUUCGACAAGUUGAGAGAUGUGGUUCCAUCACUCGGCCACGAUCGGCGACUCUCCAAAUACGAAACUCUGCAAAUGGCGCAAGCAUACAUCGGGGAUCUGGUCACGUUGCUGUCCAGAGACUACUAGCCAGUGUGGGCGAUCCUUUAUCCUUUCUUCCUCAAAUGGAAGUUCCUUUUGCGGGCUGUGUUGCAGCAACACCUUCAUAUCCUAGUGGAAAUCUUAUAAAGGCUGUUAGUUUUACGUUUAUUAUCAUAGUUGUACACAAUUCAAGCAAUAGUUUUAUAAUAAAAAUGAAAAUAC